CUUGGUUCAGUCCGUCUUUAAGGUUCCUGUUGGUCUGUUUUUAUAUCGCCCAACCUCAUUAUUUCACAACUUUUAGUGUUCACGGAUAAAUUCGCAUCGGUGAAGUUCAGGAGGAGGCAUUUACCUGAGCGACAUGGCAGCUACGAUUGGACCCCGAAUACCGAGGAAGGACGAUGCGAACUAUAACUUACAUUUCCGAAUGAUAAACGAGCAACAAGUGGAGGAUAUCUCCAUUGACUUCUUCUAUAAGCCGCACACCAUCACUCUGCUUACAGUCACUGUGCUCAGCCUCAUGUACUUUGCCUUCACCAGGGAUGAUGAACACACAGAUAACAACCUCCGUGUCGGUUUGUUGGUAGUCGUCUCCUUCUUCUUGGUCAUCAGUAUCCUGGCCUUUCCUAAUGGACCCUUCGUUAGGCCACACCCUGCAAUAUGGCGAAUGGUGUUCGGUCUCAGUGUGCUCUACUUCCUGUUUCUUGUCUUCCUUAUCUUCCUUAACUGGGACCAAGUGAAGACUCUAAUGUACUGGCUCGACCCAAACCUCCGCUAUGCAAAACGGGAGGCUGAUAUCAUGGAGUAUGCUGUAAACUGUACAGUGAUAACGUGGGAGCGCAUCCUGAGCCACUUUGACAUCUUUGCGUUUGGCCACUUUGGAGGAUGGGCCAUGAAGGCUUUGCUAAUCCGCAGCUACGGCCUGUGUUGGACCAUCAGCAUAACCUGGGAACUCACUGAGCUCUUCUUCAUGCACCUUCUACCGAACUUUGCGGAGUGCUGGUGGGAUCAGGUGAUACUCGACAUACUGUUGUGUAAUGGAGGAGGCAUCUGGCUGGGAAUGACCGUCUGCCGUUUUCUGGAGAUGAGGACAUAUCGCUGGGCCAGCAUCAAGGAAAUCCACACUACCACAGGGAAGAUAAAGCGAGCUGUGCUUCAGUUCACUCCAGCCAGCUGGACCUUCGUGCGCUGGUUUGAUCCAAAAUCAUCAUUCCAGAGGCUUGCGGGCAUCUAUCUCUUCAUGAUUCUGUGGCAGCUGACAGAGCUGAACACAUUCUUCCUCAAGCACAUCUUCGUCUUCCAGGCCUCUCACCCUCUGAGCUGGUGUCGUAUCCUCCUUAUCGGAGUCAUCACUGCACCCACUGUACGACAAUAUUAUGCAUACCUGACAGACACUCAAUGUAAGCGAGUUGGCACACAGUGUUGGGUUUUUGGAGCCAUCGCUUUCCUGGAGGCGCUUGCUUGUGUAAAAUUUGGCCACGACUUGUUUUCCAAGACACAAAUUCGCUAUGUGCUCCUGUGGCUGCUGUGUCUGGCACUCAUCACGCUCCUGUGCUUAUAUGGGAUGGUGUGGUAUGAGCAAAAGAAAGUGAAGAGAAAUUCUCUGCAAAGGCACAACUGCAAUGACAGGAGUGUUAUUGACUCAUGUGGUUUCAUCACAGAUGGUGCUGCAGCUCAGGAAUAUUCCCCAAGAACUGUGCAGACUGCAAAACGGAGGAGAGCUGCAGGCAGGAACAGAUUUGUGAAUGGUCAAGGAGGAAAGAGACAAUAAACAGCAACUGAUACUGAAUCUUUGUGACCUCUGUGGAGGGGGAUGAGGAAAUGAUGCGUUUACCAAGAGGAAUACAGUAUGCACUUUGUGGAUGGAUUUAAUUAAUAUUGUAAGUUGCAUCAUUGGUGCAAUUAAUCGCCAAAAAAUAGAUUCCAGAAAUCAUAUCGGUGUCACUUGAUAAACCGUUUGAACUUCUAAAGGUGUGGGAGGCCAGAACACGACAGCAAAGUUUGAUUGAGUUUCUUUUCUAUUAAAUGUCAAAGAUGUUUCUAAACAAACUUAAAUAAUGAGGUAAUAUGCGCUGGAGUUUGAGAGAAAAUGGUGCCUUAUUUGGACUGUAACAGCAGUCUGUGUCAUUCCACAACCAAUAUUGUCUUUUUAACACUGGAAUAAUGUUGUCAAGUGAGGGGUGUACCAACCAGUCCACACCCACCAUCCUGUACAACACACAUGUAGACUAUUUGCACUAAACCUUUUUGACUGGUGUGUUUUUUAUUUACUGACCUUAAUAGCUUUAAGAGAAACUAAAGAUGUCGAAUACUGUUGGGUUUAAGAGUUGUAGAUGGUUUGAUUCUGUGAUGAUUUGAUGAUGAUGAUUAAUGUUGUCGGUUUAAUAUUUUUAUGGUUAUAUGAUGCUGGUGCAUUUACUGUCUGUAAGUUUCUUCAAUCAAAACAGCAUCAGCAGGAAAUAAAGUCUUUGUCUAUUUUUUAAACGAGUGUAAGAAUUACUUAACCAGCUGUUGCUUUAUUAAAGUUUUUCAGAUGUGUGACUUUGACGAUGUCUGUGGAGUGAUGCUGUGUAUGAAUGUGUGGCGUACCCAACACAGAACUGUGA